CUGAAUGGUCAGUGGAACUGUCGAUCAAAGCGAAUGCGAGCCAGGGUUUGUGCGCAGGUGCGAAGCUAAGUGUCAACAACCGGGCCGGGCAGCGGGGGACAGGCUGAGGCUUGGGGCCUAUUCCGGAGCCACACCACCUGCUCCCUCUCCAUCCGCUGCGGAGAGUCUCUCACCGACGAUGUGGUUCCAAGCGCCAAUCCCGGCCUCCAGAUGAACUCCAGCACGAGGGAGCCAUGUGAGAGGGAGCGCUCCUCCCCUCCCCCAGGAUGCUCCCCCAAUGGCUCGGGGGCAGAGCUGGCAAAGAAGGAGGCAGAAAUGGAGGAGCCCCCGCCCGCAUCUGGGACCCCUUCUGAUCACGGAGGGCAAGAGGGAACGCCCACCGCGGACGCUGCCCCCCUGAGCCCGCCAGCUGGCGAGGGCGAGGACGAGGAGGCGGAGGAGCUCUCCGAGCUGCUGGCGGGGGAGAGGGAGCCCUCGGCCGCGCACGCCCCUCCCAAGCGGGACGAGGACAUCACGGCGGACGCCUGGCGCGCCCACCGCAAGCACGUCUUCGUCCUGAGCGAGGCGGGCAAGCCUAUCUACUCCCGCUACGGCAACGAGGAGGCCCUCUCCUCCACCAUGGGCGUGAUGAUGGCCCUCGUCUCUUUCGUGCAGGCCGGGAAUAACCUCAUCCGCUCCAUCCAGGCAGAUGACUACCAGGUGGUGUUCAGCCAGGAAGGGCCGCUGGUGCUGGUGUGCGUGUCGCGGGGCCGCCAGUCAGAGCGGCAGCUGCGCCGGGAGCUGCUCUACGUCUACCAGCAGAUCCUCAGCAUGCUGACCCGGGCCACGCUCACCCGCGUCUUCCGCCGCAAGCAAAGCUUCGACCUGCGCCGCCUGCUCGCCGGCUCCGAGAAGAUCCUGGACAGCCUGCUGCGGAGGCUGGAGCGCGAGCCGGGCCCGCUGCUGGGCGCCGUCCGCUGCCUGCCCCUGGCCGCGCCCCUGCGCGAGGCCGCCGGGCAGCUCCUGCGGCGGGCCGCCGCCCCCAACCUGGUCUUCUCCAUCCUGGUGGCGGGCGGCAGCCUGGUCACCAUCGUGCAGGAGAGGGCGGUGAUCGAGGAGGCCCGGUUGGACCCGGCCGACCUGCAGCUCCUCUUCAACCUCCUGGCCGCCUCCAGCUCCUUCCAGGCGGGCGAGGUGUGGGCGCCCAUCUGCCUGCCCCGCCUGUGCCCGGACGGCUACCUCUACGCCUACGUCUCAUACCUGGACCCGCCCGCCUGCCGCCUCUGCCUCCUGCUCCUCUCCACCGACCGCGAUGCCUUCUACGCCGCUGCUGCUUGCAAGCGCCGCAUAGAGGAAGGCUUGCGGGCCCAGGGUCUGCUGCGGGCUAUCGGCGAGGCCCUGGGGGACGGCGGAGGCGUGUCCCCACCCGGGAUCGCUGACCUGUGGCACUUCAUGUACAAGCCGCUGGACGUCCCGGAGAACCAUCGGCAGCUCACCCAGUAUGCCAGCCCCGAGAUGAAGGCCCCUUACUACACGGAGGAGGAGAGGGAGCGGCUCUUCGACCUCUACCAGUAUCUACACGGGAGGGUCCACAGCGCCUCGCGGCCCCUCAGACUCGUCUACCAUGUGGCUGCUAAGGAGACACUGCUGGCCUGGGUGACACCCCGCUUCGAGCUGUAUGCCUGCUUCAGCCUGCUGGUGACCAAGGGAGGGGCCAUCGGGCUGCUGACCUUGCUGCUACGCUGGCUGCGGAAGGAGGAGGGGAACCUCUUCCUCUGUGCCCCCCCUCGGUACUCCACCUCGCCCGGCCCGCCCCGGGCACAGGGCCACCUCAGCCCCAACAACGGCCUCCCCUCCCUGCUUUAGAACAGGGCGGGGGUGUGCUGGGUGGGGGGGCACGCUCGAGACAGCCUAGCUUUGUCACCCCCCCCCCCAACUCCCCUUACACUGGUCCCUUGAGUGGGAGACACCUGGGCCAGCCUGGCUCCCUCCUGCACCCCCUGACUUCACCCCUUUCCCUGGGGUGGGGAGGGUGGGAGUGAAUACUCAGGACGGCCUGGCUCUGUCAAAUACCCCUCACCCUUGCCUCAGUAGAGGGAAGCACAUGAGACAGCCCAUCUCACCUCUCUCCCCCACCCUCGGAGGGGGGUGAACCUGGCUUCGUCACCCACUACCCUGGAGGUGGGGCACCCUCAGAAUGGCUGAGCCAUGGGACGACCUGACUCCCGUCAGCGGAGCCCUCUCGCCCUGCACUACCCUCACUUGGCCAGGAGCCAGCGGGGAGAUACGCAGGGACAGCUCGACUCCCUCGCCCCUCUCCUCGGCUCCCUCACUGGGGUGGUGGUGGGGUGGGGGAGAACGCAGGCUGGUUCCCCCAUCCCACUCUCCCGGAGGGAACAAUCGCACGCCCUCUCGCACAUCCUCCCACUGUCCCGCCUACUCUGCACUCCAAGAGUCGGCGGGUAGACCCUCAUGGGACGGCCUGGCUCUGCCCGCACCCUCACGCCCCACGUACUGGGAGGGGGGAAGCAGAGACUGUCUGGUGCCUCUAUUCCCCACCUCCCUCCUCCCGCAGGCCUCUCCCCUGCAGGGGACUGGCAGAGACAAUGGGAUGGAGUCAACACCCUCCUGCCUGCCCCCGUUGGGGGUGAUGGUGAAGUGUGGGGGGGACGCACAGGACGGCCCACCUUUCCCCCUCUGUACCCGGGAGGGGGCUUGCCCUCGGGCUGGGCCUGCAGGAGCAUGGGGUAGGAGUGUUGGGGCGGGAGGGGGGGAUGG